AUGGAUAAUCAUCUUAUCCAACUUGGCUUUAGUAGAAGUCAAAGUGAAGCUACUUUGUAUGUGAAAUUCACUGUUGCAGGAAACAAAAUUGAACUAAUCCAAAGGUUCAAGGAUGAAAUGAAGAAAAUCUUUGACAUGACUGAUCUUGGAAAAUACAUUUCGGAUAUUCUAAACAAGUUCAAAAAACAAUACUGCGAACCUGUGAGUGCUCCAAUAUCUACUGGUGUGAAGCUUGGCAAGGAUGAGGAUUCCGAAAAAGUGGACGAUUGUAUAUAUGGAAGCUUAAUUGGCAGUCUUCUAUAUCUAACCACAAACAGUCCUGACAUUCUAUUUGUUGUUAGUUUGGUCUCUAGGUUCAUGCAUUCUCCUAGAGACACAAACCUCACAGCGGCUAAAAGAGUGUUGAGGUAUAUUAAAGGAACCAGCAAGUAUGGAAUUUUUUUCCCAACAUCUGCCGAAGUAAAUAUGAACCUCAUCGAAUACUCUGAUAGUGAUUGGGGUGGUGGAGUUGAUGAUUCGAGAAGCACCUCUGGAUAUCUUUUUUGUUUGGGGACAAGUUUUUUUAGUUGGAGCUCUAGAAAACAAGAAACUACAGCUCAAUCAACAGCAGAAGCUUAG